GAAAUUGGCUACGAGUAUUAUCCAAACAAUGAUAAUGUGUUGUGUUUACUGUCAUAUACAUACAUAAGUAUCUGGAUAUUACACAAAUUUUUUACCAGAGUUUCGGCUCCUAAGGUUUUUUUGUAUUAAACACUAAUCCUAAAGUUCGUAUAUAUUUACAUAUCCAAAUAUCUAGUCCUGAUUUUAUCAAAUCGGAUACCAACACCAUUGGAAUAUAUUGGAAUAUUGGAUCUUCAAAGAUACAUAUGGUCAAUGGAUUCCAAACUAUAAAAAAUUCGAUGAACAAAAGACUGCUUUAAGGUAUGUUCAUACCAGAUACUUUAAGAAGCUGUAUGAUCGAGACGGACGUUUCUUCUUAUUUGCAAACAUCGUCGACAGGACAGGAUGAAUUUCACCCCUUUAUUGAGGCGCUUUUACCGUACGUCAAAUCAUUUUCAUACUCUUGGUUUAACUUACAAGCCGCCAAACGAAAAUAUUAUAAAAAACACGAAAAACGAAUGUCUUUAGAAGAGGAAAGACAUUGCAAGGACGAACUACAGAAUGAGAAGACGGAGGUUAAACAAAAAUGGGCUUCCCGCCUACUUGGGAAACUUAGAAAAGAUAUAACACAAGAAAGUCGGGAGGAUUUUGUGCAAUCAAUAAUCGGCAAACGUAAAUCCAUUUGUGUACUAUCAAAUCCAGACCAAAAAGGAAAAAUGAGACGCAUAGACUGUCUCAGACAAGCUGACAAAGUCUGGCGGCUCGAUUUGGUCAUGGUCAUUCUUUUUAAAGCAAUUCCCCUAGAAAGCACAGACGGGGAGCGCUUAGAAAAGAACCCAGAAUGCUUGCAUCCAGGACUUUGUGUCAAUCCGUAUCACAUUAAUGUCUCUGUCAGAGAGUUGGAUUUGUAUUUGGCUAACUUCAUAAACACUCAUAAUUCGGCUAAUCCGGCAUUGUCAACAGCACAAGCAGUGGAUUCCAGUUCGCCAAAUUUGACAUUAUAUACUCGAAAUAAUAAUCCUUUGGAGAGAAAAGAAGAUGGCGUUGAUAUGAAAAAUGAAGGCGUGAGACACAAUCCUUAUAAUGGAGUUGUUUGUAAUGAUAUUAUUUUAGCGACUGGAGUAUUCUCAUCGCAGGAGCUCUGGACAUUGUCGAAAGAUUCAAUAUUGGAUGAAGCCAGUGACAAUAACCUCCACUCAAACCUUAUUAAGAGGGAAAACGUGGGAGCUGCCUAUGAUUGCAACACAUAUCAAAUGAAUUCAGAAUCUUCAAUGCCUGGCUCCCAGAGUUUAGUUCAAACUGCGGCAAUUGUAGCGAAUCCAAUUCCUGGUGGUUAUAGUAUUGACUUUGUAGAUCAGAGGAGCAUGCAUUUAUCACAAAGUCCGUUACUACACGCAGAAGCGCCCAAUGGCGGGUCCACUGAUGCCAGUAAGGUCGAUCAAAGUAACUCGCCUCCGAUUGUUUCUCGGCCAAGUACUUCAGCUGAAAACUGCACCAGUAGCUUUUCGGUAAUCCUUCGAGCAACAGAAAAUAAUAACUCAAAUGGAGAUUCAACAGCCAAUUCAGACUCAGCGAUUUCUUUGCACCGCUACACGUCGCUUAACAAUAGGCCAACACCUCAAUUCCGCUCUCCAGAAGGUAUUUCCCACCCGAAUUGCCCUUCAUUGCAUUCGUCUUCUAUCAGCCCAGUCAAUACUCUGUAUUACCCCCAGCAUGGAAAUAUAAGGUCUUCAACAAUAAUUGACGAAGACCAAUGUCAUCGUGCUGUUGCUGACAAGUAUUCUACGGAAUCCCAUGACAUUUCAGACUUUGUCACAUACGUUUGUCAAGAUGCUGGUCACCCAACAACAAUAUCAACAGGAACUAUUGAUCAUGCGUUUCAGCAUGCCCAUCCACAUACGCACGUUUCCCAUAGCCAUCCCCCGCAUUUUCAAAUUCAUCAGCAACUCAGGAAUUCGAAAUUGGCUACUUCGCCAGCGACUCAUUAUCAUAGCACAAUGCUACCGCCCAUGUUGCCACCAAUGGCACGACCAGUAGCAAUCAUACGGACUAGCGGAGACUUGGCAAUGGUUCACUCACCUCCUUCACCCUCGGGCUCGACAAACCAUUCUCCGAAUAUUACUAAUAAUACCCUUUGCAUAACAAAAAAUGGUUUGGAGCCAGAAAAUAGUAGAAAUACAAAUAACAUAGAGGGCAACCACAGUCCAAUUAAUACAGAUACCAGUUCACAUAGCGUUCAUUGCACUACUCUAGUGACAUCUACUUCACCCCAACCCCAACCGCAACCUCAGACACCGGUAUCAACAAGUCCACAUGCAUAUAUUGAAAAUGGACGAUGUAAGCUUUCACCAGCAGCUUCCAACUCCUUAAGUCGUAUUAGCACGCAAAUGUAUCCAUCAUCUAAUGGAAGGGAAUAUUUUAACCACUUUCAUUCGCAAUCUACAUCGCUGCUGGGAUAUGCCGGUUCUAUUUCCACAAUGUCUGGUGUAAUAAGUCCGACAAACUUGAGCCUAUACUCAGCUCCAACCAUGGCUGUAACUCGUUCUAGUGCCAGAACUCGAUGGAGCGACGACGAGCUAAACUUAAUUCCACACUCUGUAUCUAGUACAAAUAUAGAAAAUACACAAGUUAUAUUAAUGGAAGAUUCUUCGAAUCGUUAUAUCGAUGAAUACUCAGCUAACUCAAAUCGUGACUAUGUGUCAUGAUCUAACGCCAAAAUUUAAUAAAUUGGACGCACACUCGUAAGGCUUGGGCAUGCCAAAAUAUUGAUUAAAUAUAUAAAUAUAAGUACCUUAACAUAAAUAAAUAAAGACACUGAAUACACACAAACACACAAAACAUAAAUAUUUAAACCAAUCGAUGAACCAAAAAAUGAAAUAAGAUAAGUCCCAUUUAUUUCUUACCGGAGUGAUAAUAUUUUGCCGGCAACAUAUUUAACUAAGCAAAAUCGUAUUAAAUUUUAUUAUUCACGAUGCUUCCAUAAUGAAUGACUGAAUACUGAAAUUUAAUCUUUUUUUAUUGGAUUUUAAAGCUAUUCUAUACAUUUUGAUCAGAACUACAAGUACACUAUUUGCUUUCAAAAAUUUACAUUAUUCUUUCGCUUUGGCUUCUCAAUUUUGUAUUCUAAGAAACGAUAAAAACCGAUAUAUUGUAAUUUAAUCAUAUUUGGAGUAUGUUAUCUCAGUCCUUUAUAAAAAAUACAUCUUAUGACAAUAUAAGGUCUAGUGACAACAACAAUAACAUGUAAUAUCGUUAAAUUACAUGAAUAGUCAAACAAGUUCAUUUUUUAUAUAAUGUAUCCAUGAUAAGAAUGUAUUUACAUACAUACAUAUUCCGGAGUCCGGACCUUCGUAAUGUAAAUAUGUACAUGAGGUAUGAACAAAAAGAAUAGUUCGAAUAGAUACUUAGUAGAGCAUGAAAUUGUGCUAAACAUUAUUUAUUUUUUUUGUAAUUUCUAAAAUAUGAUUUAAAAAAAAGCUAAAUUUAUGGUCACAAUGCAAAAACCUUCCACUGGCUCAAUAAAGCUAUGGUUCCCCGCCAGCGGUCUAAGAGUGUUAAUCAAAACUAUUGUUAAAAUGUAUGUACAUAUGUAUGUAUGGAAUAUUCAAUAGAUUUUCACCCAAUAUGGUCUAUUUGGGUGGAAGUCAAUUGACAAAACAAAACCCACUAAGUAUUGAACCAAGUCAAUAAGUUUCAUACGACAUGUGGCUUUUCUGUUUGGUUAAGACUUUAUGAGCAUACAUAUGAACAUGUACAUUUAAUAUAGUCAGUCCUAGAAAGUAGACAAUAUAUGUAAUGUAAUAGCAAAAAUUGUUGUAAAUGAGAAUUUUUACAACCGGAUGCAUAGCGGCACGUUUAACCUUUAAAUCUGAGAUACUUAGGCGAAGUGCAGUAAAGGUAACGGACAACAUUUUGUACAUGCAUUGUUAUUUGGGUACAUUGUAAUAGCUGUUUUAGAAAGUUAAUUAUUAUUAUGAUUAUUUUAUAUAUACAUAGAUAUAUAUAAUAUAUAGUAAAUACAUAUAUGUAUAUUAUUAUUUUUUAUUUAUAUGCGCACAUACAUACAUAUGUAUCUAUCAUACUAAGAAUAUAUGAAACUGGAAAGACGUACGUACACAACUUAAUUGAGUAACUUUUAAAACUUUAGUACAAUAAUAGUUUUAAGUCGAAGGCAAAGGGCAUGUGAAAAAAACGAAACAAUAUUUAUAGUACGUUUAAUAAUUGGCUGUGAAUACUAUCUUAUGCUAAAGCUGUUUGUAAUUUAGAAUAAGAAGCAAGUGCUAAUUAUUACCACAUAUUCGAUAUUAUUAUAAUAUAAUAUAUAUAUACAUAUAUAUAC